UCUCCCUCUCCCUCUCCAACUCCGACAGCAUAUAGAAGGCAAAGGCGUGAAACUAUCUAUUGAUAUUCAUCAGAACUUUUCCAAUUGAGCUCCAAAUUGCAUCUCAAACACCCCAUUAUUCCCAGCAAACCAGCAAGAAAAAAGAAAAACAAUUGAAACUUGAUCCAAGAAUUGGAUUCCCAAUGGACCAAAAUCAGAAACCCACGAGCCUUCUCGACACACUUGGGGAAGAAAUCAUCAGAAUACUAACACCAGUCUCAAUCUGCAUGUUUUUGGUGGUCAUUUUGGUCUCAAUAUUGAAUAAUAGCUCAGAUUCCUCGGGCCCCUCAAUCACAACCAUAGCCUCCAUAGCCUACAGUGAGGACAGCUCAGAUUCCAUUUGGGACAAAUUGAAAGGUGCCCUUUUGAACUCACUGGUGUUUGUUGCAGUUGUCACGGUGGUUACCUUUUUAUUGGUGCUGCUAUUCUAUCUUAGAUGCACUAAAUUCCUGAAAUACUAUAUGGGUUUCUCUGCUUUCCUUGUUUUGGGGUUCAUUGGUGGUGAAAUUGCUGUUUUUGUUAUUAAAGACUUGAGCUUUCCUAUUGAUGCUGUGACAUUUAUGGUGGUUCUGUUCAAUUUUACCGUGGUUGGUGUAUUGGCUACUUUUAUGGAGAAUUUUGCUAUCUUUAUAAAACAAGGGUACUUGGUUGUUGUUGGGAUGUUGGUUGCUUAUUGGUUUACUCUUUUGCCUGAGUGGACUACUUGGGUACUUUUGGUUGCCAUGGCAUUGUAUGACCUUGCUGCUGUACUCUUGCCUGGUGGUCCUUUGAGGCUUUUGGUGGAGCUUGCCAUAUCAAGGGAUGAGGAUAUCCCUGCUUUGGUCUAUGAGGCACGGCCAGUUACUGAUCAUGAUUCAGUUCCAUCCAAUGGAGAGGUGCAGAGAAGGGUAUGGAGGGAAAGAAGGCAUAUUGAAUCUGAUUUCAUUGAUAACGUAGAGGCAAGUUCUGAGUCAAAUCCAGUUGGGAGUAAUACUUCCAAUGCAAGUCGUGUUAGUGGGAUGUCAUUGUCCUUGGAAACAAAUGAGAGGGAGAGAAACUUGGUUGCUGCUGAAGAGGGUAGAGUUGCAACACUGGAUUCAGAGCUCUCUGCUCCACUUAUCCAACAUAGGAUUGAUGUCCAGUUGAAUUUGCAGGAAGGGCCAAGUGACAGUUCUGCACUCGAGGGGAUCGGCCUGGGCUCCUCAGGGGCAAUCAAGCUUGGGCUUGGGGAUUUUAUAUUCUACAGUGUAUUAGUUGGUAGGGCUGCAAUGUAUGAUUUCAUGACAGUUUAUGCGUGCUACCUGGCUAUUAUAGCUGGUCUAGGUAUUACUCUGAUGCUUCUUGCAUUUUAUCAGAAAGCUCUGCCAGCGCUUCCAGUAUCUGUAUUGCUGGGUGUGUUAUUUUAUCUAUUGACCAGGCUUUUACUUGAAAAUUUUGUUGUACAAUGUUCUAUAAACCUUCUGAUGUUUUAGAAAUUUUCCAGAUGAAGUCUGCUUUUUCCAUGCUGCAAGGCUUAUCA